AUGCGGCGAGCGGCACGGUUGCCGCCGGCCAUCGGCGUCCUGCCUGCGAAGGGGACCACGCUGUGGGGCGCCAUAUGGCUGCGGGGCGUCUCCCGCCGUCGCUUUAGCGGCGCUGCCCCCUACGGCAGUGUCCCGGCCGACAUUGAGCAAUCCAGGCACGCACCGAAGCCCCGCGAGGAGGACGUUGUGCGUGACGCGGCACGACCCACGGCGGCGGGUGGCGGCAGCGGCGGGGAUGGGGGUUCCACGGCUGCCGCAGGGUACAAUCCGUGGGAGGUGCUUGGGGUGAAGCCGGGUACCUCCGCCCAGACGAUACGGCUGCGCUACCACGAGCUGAUGCGGGAGCUGCACCCAGAGCUGGACCCGAAGGGGGUGGGCAACAUUCCGCGGCUCAACCAAGUCAACAAGGCCUACGAGAUCAUUACAAAGAGCCCCACGCUGGACCGGCGCUACCGCAACCUUGUCAGCGACACCCAGUACUUCUACUACAAGUUCCUCCCGGAGUGGAUGGCGCGCAACGUGGACGAGAUGCCACGGUACUGGAGCUGGGUCAGGUGGCGAACCCCUGGUGCCUUCCAGGUGUUUCUUUGCUGCUGCGGCUGCUUCAUGGUCGGCCGCUUCUACGCUGCCUUCCCACUCCUCACCGCCAUCUUUGUGACGUCGGUAGUCUUUGACACUCUCUUUCAUACCAUGACGGCACCGGCGACGUGCUCGAUGCUCUUUCUCUACUCCAUCAUGACCGCGCAGAGCUACGACAUGGCGUGGCUGACAAGCCCCAAGUCGUUCCUGCGCCGCGAUCUCGGCUACUAG